AUGGCUAUCACAGGGGAAAUGGACGAUUUCUUGGGCUGCGACCGGUAUGUCAGCGAGCUCUCUGCACAAAUGUUCACUACAUCUCUCUCCAACACGGGCCGCAAAGGAGUUGCAAGAUGGGACACAGCGGAGUUUCAAAGAGUGCUCCCCAGGAGGCCGUUAGUUGAUCCGAUACCAGAUGCGGAGGUAAUCUUGGUCAUGACCCCGUCUGCAACUACUGCUAGCGCUGAUGCUGGCAAGAGCCGGCCACGGUUCACAGAGAGAGCUCAUCAAGAUAUCCUAAAAGAAAUUUCUUAUCUAUGUGAUAUAUUGCCCGUAGAAAACAACAAAUUUGAGACUGUAAAAAACAGCACUUUAUUGAAAGGAUUCUAUCUAAACACAUUUAACAUAUCUAAUAAUGUAAAACUUGUGGUUGUCAUUGGGGUUUUGCUUAUAUAUUUACUGGCUGUACUUGGAAAUGUCACUAUUGUCACACUUGUAUCUCUGGUUUCCCAGCUGCAAACACCUAUGUAUUUAUUCCUGUGCAGUUUAUCAGUGCAAGACAUCAUGUACGUAUCUGCUACUUUGCCAAAGCUGUUGGCCAUCACUAUCACAGAUGACACCAACAUAACGUUCUCUGGCUGCAUUACACAGAUAUUUCUAUAUGUAUUCUGUGUUGAUACAGAAUUUUUCCUACUAACCUCCAUGGCUUAUGACCGCUAUGUGGCCAUCUGUACCCCACUGCAUUAUCCUUUAAUCAUGAGCAAAACGGUGUGUGCUCUGCUUAUCACCGUAUCUUGGUUUGGUGGUUUCCUGAAUGCAUAUGCUUUAUCUUUGAUAGUGUCUCAUUUAACCUUCUGUAAUAAACAAGACAUCAACAAUUUCUUCUGUGAUGUAAUAAUAUUACUGAGGCUCUCUUGUAGUGACAUCACAUUUAUUAUUAAUUUCUUUGUACUAUUGGAAGGCACAGUAUUGGGUUUGUUACCAUUUACAUUUAUAAUGGUUUCCUAUAUCUAUAUCAUAUCCACCAUCGUAAAGAUCCGAUCAUCAUCUGGAAGACUGAAGACCUUCUCCAGCUGCUCCUCCCAUCUCACAGUUGUUGUACUCUUUUACGGAACUUCUAUUAGCUUGAAUAUGAAGCCUAAGUCAGAAAAUUCUCUGGAAAUAGAUAAACUGCUCUCCAUAAUUUACAUUGGUGUGGUUCCCAUGGUAAAUCCACUGGUUUAUAGCCUGAGAAAUAAAGAGGUUUUUAAGGCUGUGAAAUAUUUUUUUAACCAAAAUUGA